CUGCCUCCUGCCCCUCAUCCCUGGGCUGAGAACCCUCGGUUGGGACGGGGGCCUGGGCUUCUCCAGCCACAGAGAGCUGGGAUCUGGUCUUUGCAAGCGUGGGAAGCCGCUGGCCAUGGCAGCUGCAGAGGUUAAUCCCACACCUCUGUCCCCGAUCCUGGUGACAACAGACAAGGCCCAGCUGGGCACACAGUGCCUGUGUGGCCUCUGGCCAGAGCCUCUGUCUGCCCCCUCCCUGCAGGGCCCUGUCGCUCCAGCCUGCCAGCCUCUCUGUGCCAGAGCCUGGUGAAUGGUGGGCCCAGCUUGGUUUGGGGACUGCUGGAGCCCCAGCCCCCAUUUGAUGGCAGGAGGUUUUCUCCCAUAGGCACCAGCCAGCCAUGGGGCCAAUGCUGGGGGCAGGUGUCAGAGGGACUCAGAGCCUGAGCGGGUGCAGGUUCGGCAGUGUGAACUGGGGUCUCCAUGCACACUCCCUGCCAGCUCCCUGGAGACCAUGCAAACGCACACACGCACACGCACGCUGCUGGGGAAGGUGCAAGUGCCCAGACCGAGCAACUGCAGCCUGGCAGAUCUGCCUGGGUGAUCUACCUGGCCUGUCCCCUUCUCAGCCGCCACCCCUGUCCCCUGUGAACAGACUGUCCUCUCCUGCCGCAGUGUCUAGCCCAAUGAGCCGCCCUCUGAGUUCCAAGGGCUCCAUCCGCACCAGCUUCUACCACGCCUCAUUUCCUCUGUCUCUUGGGGGGAGCUGUGGCGGGGGGCAGCCAGCCUUUCCCUGCCACCCCCCCCCCCCCGAAGGCACAUCCAGGUCCAGGACUGGAGGGUGAAAGGACAAGCUCUUCAGGGAGGUCACAGCUUGGAGCCCUGACUGUUGCCGGGCAUGUACCCUGUAAGUGGCGUCUGGCCCGGGGCUGUCCGUGCAGCGGGAGGAGAGCAGGCCUCCCCGCCGGGCACUCACCCACCAGCGGAGACAUGGAAAUGAGGCAUGCGGGGCGUGAGAACAGGUAGGAGCGAGUACCUGAGGAAGGCCAGGUCCAAGAUGUGAGAGCAGAGGACAGAUGCCUGUGGAGGGCACACCUGUCAGGGAGGCCUCUAUUCUAGUGGGGGUGACCCUGCAUCAGUGCCCUGCAGGCUUCAGCUGGGAGACGACGUUGUGCACAGCAAGUCGCAAGAAACUCAGACCUGUCUCCGGAAGGCAGCGGGGAGGGGAGCAUUUUAAACCUCAUCCCUGGGACGCCUGGGUGGCUCAGUGGGUAAAGCAUCUGCUGCCUUCGGCUCAGGUCCUGAUCCCAGAGUUCCGGAAUCAAAUCCCCCAUUGGGAUCAAAUCGGAGUCCUUCAGCAGGGAUCUGCCUCUCCCUCUGCCCCUCACCUUGCUCGUGCUCUCAAAUAAAAACUUGCUAAAAAAAAUACACCUCACCCCAGCGGUCUGGUGCAGGGGCUCCCAUCGGGUGGUGCUGGAGGCUGAGCACAGGGACACAGUGGCAGAAUCCUCCAGCAGUGGAUGGGCCUGGAUUCAGGUAGGUUCGGGAGUGGGUGUGGCUAGAGGAAGAUGGUGGCAUCUUAGAGGCAAGGAGGGUGAGGGACGAGGGACUGAGUUGGGCAGAGUGUCCAGAACUGUGGGUUCCCGGCCCAUAGAGGAUGGGGACCCGGGCUUGUUGAGGGACAGCUGUGUCUAGGACACAGAAAGGGAGAUGACCACUGAGCAGUUAGUUAGCGUGUGGGCUCAGAGCACACAGGGACAGUCUGAAGGAGAUGCCAGCACUUGUUACCCUGGGGGUUGCUGAAGAACAGGAGCCAGGGAUGUCCCUCUCCCAGCCUUGGGCACGUGGGCAGUUACGGGUGAGGAGCUGGGCCCCUGGAAGGUCUGCUAAGAAGCGAUGGGGUUCCCAAAGUGCAGAGCCCUGUUCAGCCCUCGGGUUCUGAGUGCACAGGUCUGGAGCGGGCUGGGGUUUUGGAGGUGAGCUUGGGCUGCGCACUCCGACGGGCCGGGAGGAGCCUGGCUCCAUGCUAGCACGUUGCAUUUAUUCAACAAAUCUUGACUGAGCAUCUACCGGCUGUGGCUGGGGAUCCUGCCUCGAACAAAACCAGUCUCUACCCUCGGGAAGCUUCCACUCUAGGGAGCAGGCUUUGCUACCGACUCAAAAGCCCUCUGUCCAACCUCAGGGGUGGUGGCAGGGCCUGGGGAGCCCCAGCGCUGGGCUGUUGGAAGCUUCGCAGAACGGGGGGGGGGGUGUCUCUUAGAGCAGCCCGACCCCCGGGCCAGGGCUGAAUGGCCUGCUUGAUGCUCUCUGGCUGGAGGACGGUCCAGGCGUCACUGGGGGGGGUGGGGGGAAACAGGGCAGUGGCAGCAGGAGGCCGGAGGCCGCGGAGUGGGAACGGCUGGGGCUCCAUGUGACCUCUCCUGCGUGCCACUUCUUGGGCACCAAGUAUGCACCUUACCUCAGAGAUGAGAAGGCAGCCUGCAACUGACAUGGCCGCCUCGCAGGAGACAAGGUGGGGCUAAGAAUGGAGAUCAGAUGCCAAAAAUCUAUGCCCUUAACCCUCGGGCAGUGACACUAGAGCAAGAAACUGUUUGGCACCUGUUGGCGGACAGCGUCGACAACAUGAAAUGAAGACCAAAGCUCUGCUGGACGUUUCUGGCCUGGCCGAGCCCUGGAACCCUGCCCUUUGUGAGGCGGCCCGGGAGUGGGCAGCAGUUCCGUCCUUCUGCCGGGGGAGGGGCAGGCAGAAGCCAGGGGACAGGGACCUGAAUAGGAGAUGGUUCUCGCCAUGCUGGGGGCUCUGCAUCCCAGGGCUGGGCUGAGCCUCUUCUUCCUCUAUCUCGUCCUGGCAGCUGCACUCCUCCGCCCCCAGCCACUGAGGCCUCAGCGAUCUGUUCCUGAAGAAUUUUCAGCCCCUCUGCAACUCUCACAACCACUUUCCGGCCUAGUGGAUGACUAUGGGGUUCGACCCAAGCACCCCUGGCCACGAGGGCCUCGACCCCUCCUCUCCCGAGCCCAGCAGCGCAAGCGUGAUGGGCCAGACAUGGCCGAGUAUUACUACGACGCACACCUGUGACCGGCGCCCAUUAUAAAGCUGUUCUGUGCAGCCAAGGCUUGGGCUUUCCUGACACGGACGCCAGCUGGGGCCGGGGGGAGUGG